GCCCUUUGACCUGGAGGCAGCUGAUUUAUUUUUCUGCUGAAAAAAGGUUAUGAUCCUGCGAAUUUUUGAAAACACGGACUAAACAUAAUGACGCAGGUGUCCAGUAACAAUGUGCCUGUCUCAAAACAAGCACAAAUACGAGGGAUUGCUGUUCAAAAGAAAAAUUUAAUCCAAGUUUGCAGGUAUGCUGUUAAGAGCCUCAUUGACAAAUCAUGUUUUGAGUCAAUAGAUGACAAUUGUGAUGAGCUUGUCAAUUUCCUGGCUAUUAUGGAACAUGUACUCAGCCAUAGACUAAAAAGUAACCAGACAUGGUUUGGUGUUUCUGAGGCGAGACAGUUCUGGGACUACAUCAGGGCAGCCUGUAAGAAAGUUCCUCACAGCUGUAUCAGCAGCAUUGAAAACAUGGAGAAUGUCAAGUCAAGCAAAGCCAAGGGAAGAGCUUGGCUGAGAAUGGUGCUAAUGGAGAAACGUCUGUCAGAGUACCUGUCUGUGGCCUUGAAACAGGUCAAGGUCACCAAGACAUAUUACCAGGAGGGGGCAGUGAUGUUAUCAGAGGAGAUCAGCAUACUACUAGGUGUACUGCUGGGACUUAAUGCCAUAGACUUCAGUUUCUGCCUGAAAGGAAAAGAAUUAGAAAAUGGUGCUUUACCAAUGAUAGAUUACACCCCAUAUUUGAGAUUCCAACAAAGCCAAGGUUAUAUUAGCGAGAGCAUUGCAGACGACGAGAGAGAGCUGAAUGAUUUGAGCUCUGUGGGCACAAAUGACAGCUUCAAUGACUUUGACAUGGUAGAGAGCGAAAGUUUAGAAAACACAUGGAAAGCAAAGUUCCAGAAGAUUGAAGCUCAGCUGAAGACCAACAUGGAACAGAAGGGCUACCUUGAAGAGUUGGUGAGACUGCGAGAGGACCAGCUGGAGGCCGCCAUACACCAGAAGGUGGUCCUUGUGCAGCAGCUUCAAGAACAGGAGAUUGCACACAGACAGGAGCAUGCUCAGCUGGAGAACAUUGUACUGGAGCUUCAGGAACAACUCGUUCAAGCAAAAGAUCUGGCAAAGCGCCACCAGGUGGAGUUAAAUGAGUAUAUCCUGUCAAGACAGCCCCAAAACUUGCCUCCUGGAGCAGAAAUUCCUAUGAAUGAGAUGAUCAAUCUCGCAGGCACUGGUGGGAGUGUCAAAUAUACCAGGCAAAAGGAGAUGGCACCAAUGAAAAGUGGACCACCGCAUUCUCCGCGUGUAUCCCAGGAUGCCCGGAGUAUUAUUUCGACAACUUCAACGCUGAGUACGCUAUCUCUGGGGUCAGGUAAUGUGGUGACAGGAAAGGAGGGGGAUUCCGCCAGCAUCGUUCCUCUGAUUGGUUCUCUCCAGUCCAUUCCUGAUACCAUGGCAAAAGCAAGAUCAGAUCACCCGGAGACCUCCACCCCAGUACCACAUGAUGAAAGAGUGGCACAAGGUCAAGGUCAGGGUCAAGGUCAAGCAGUUAUCAUGGAGGAUGGAAAUGAGAAACAUUCCUUAGAUAAAGACACUGUACAAGAAGACACUACUGGUGUAUCAGGAGAGCUGAUCACUGGCCAGGCAGAUGACCAGGCUGUACAACAAAUGCUGGUUUCCGCCAUGGAGGUCACUUCGCAGGCUCAAGGUCAAGGUGAGAUUGAAGGUCAUUCUGGAAAUGAUGAAGAGGGUGCUGAGGCUCAAACUUUUGCAGAGUCUUCACACAUUCCUCAAGAUGGAGAUCUUCACCAAGAAGAUAGUUCUUCACUGAAGGAAACACAGAAAGAAACCUCCGAUCCAGGCAAGGAGUUAGAGGAAGGUCAUUCUGAAGGUGAAGAUCAUCAGGAUGCAGUCCAAAAGCAUGAUCAAGGUCAAGGUCACACAAAAAUAGAUGAAAAAGGUCAACAAGAAGGUCAACAGGAAGGUCACGCAAGCCCUAUGAUGUUGUCAGCUGAGAGUAGCAGUGACCCAGAAGACGGGUCCAAGGGGAAAGGGUCAGACUGGGAAAUGGUCAACACAGGCAGUGAGCCAAGCUCCAAGAGGUCAUCUUCACCUGAAAUGCUGAAUCCGUCAGAGGAGGAGGAGGAGGAUGAAGACGAAACCUUGAAAGAAAAAGAGGAAGAGAGUGAGGAAGAACAAGAAGGAUGAUUUAUGGUUCAGUUUACAAAAUGAGUAUGUAUUUCCCACCAUGAAAGGAUGCUUCCCAUGAAAUGACAGUAUUAGUGUUUUGUGGUUAUAUGUACAUGUAUGACAACCAUUCACUGCAGUACAAUUGCUCUGUCUUCUGGCAAUGUCCUCAUGUAGUUUUGUUUACAAGGAGAUCGCAAAUAUGGUGCUUUUUAGGGCUUCUGGUCUAUUCUCUUUCAUUUAUAUAAUAUAUUGUAUUCUACAUAAACAGCAUUAUUUCUUUUUUUUGUGUGUUUGUUUGUGUUCAAGAUCCGACAACAGGAUUACUGUGAUACAAGGAUAAGAUGAAACCAAAUUUGAAUUGUAGAAAUUAAGAUAUAUGUGUACACUUUGGUAUAAGUAAUAAAAUAUGUGAGAUAUUGGCAUUAGAAAGAAUAUUCCACACAGAAAUUUUGCUAAAAUUACAAGUACUGCCCCACAGCCCUUUUCAUGCUGGUGAGGUCUAGACUCUCAAAAGAACAAAUUUUAGGACCAACUUUUUCUUCAUUUGGAGGAGUCUAAUGAACAAUUUCAAGCAUUCCACGCAUUUCAGUUCUUGUAUAAAAUGCAAUUUUGAGCAGAAAUUAUGUUUUCUUUCUGUAAGGCGCAUUUGAGAAACAAGAAAAUGCAAUUUAUAGAAGAGAACUUUGGGCCAGCCACAAUCUUAUUGACUGUCUCCUUUCAUAACUUACAUUUCUUAAUUAGAUUGUGUAUUUUUCCUUUUUUUUCCAUUUAUUUACUUAAAGAGUCUGUCACCUGGGAGUAGAAUCAUACUCUAGGUAUUUUAAACUUUGUUGGUUUGUUACAUAAUAGCCUAAACUAAACUUAUCGGUAGAUUUUGAUCAAAUUUUCAGGAUAAG